UUUCAAUUCUUAUUGAAAUUAUUAUUUAAACUCUAUAAUUUAAAUAUGUACAUGUCAGUAUUAUCACAUAAUUAUAAAACUUAAUUAGAAUGAUUUUCAAUUUUUUUUUCUCAGUGUGUUGAAACACUUCGAUUGACCAUAAAUAUGCGAGUACAAUUGCAAAAUGAUCCAUCAGCACAAAUAUUUUCCGAACAACUACUAGAUAUUGGGAACGGUAAAAUAGAACUGCAACCAAAUACGCAAUGCAUUAAACUACCAGACAAUUUUUGCACUGUUGUUCAGGAUAAAAAUGAAUUGAUUCAGAGUAUUUUCCCGGAUAUACAGAAUAAUUAUUUGAAUCAUGAAUGGCUCAGUCAACGGGCGAUUUUGGCAGCCAAAAACGUUGAUGUUGACGAAAUUAACUUCCAGAUACAACAGUUGUUACCAGGCGAUCUGAUGUCUUUUAAAUCAAUCGAUACUGUUGUUGAUGAAAAUGAAAGUGUAAAUUUUCCGAUUGAAUUUUUAAAUUCAUUAGAUAUACCUGGAAUGCCACCACAUAAUCUUCGAUUAAAGAUUGGUUCCCCUAUUAUUCUCCUCCGUAAUUUGAAUCCGCCUCAAUUAUGUAACGGUACGCGUUUGGUCAUCAAAAAGAUCACCGGUAACAUUCUUGAAGCAACCAUUUUGGCUGGGAAGUUUAAAGGAAAAGUGGUUUUGCUGCCACGUAUUCCGAUGAUACCAUCAGAUUCUACCAUACCCUUCAAAAGGCUACAGUUUCCAAUUCGUUUAGCUUUCGCCAUGUCUAUAAAUAAAUCUCAAGGUCAAACAAUGUCCAUUUGUGGUUUAGAUUUGGAAAAUCCAUGUUUUUCUCAGGGGCAACUAUAUGUUGCGUGUUCACGUGUUGGGAAACCGUCGUCGAAUCUAUUUGUGUUAGCUAAAGACAGGUUAACCAAAAACAUUGUGCAUCGAUUGGUGUUAAAUUAAAUUGAAAUUGAAAGUAUUUAUAAUUCAAAAAAAGAGACAUUAAUGUUUAAAAGUUUAAGACUGUCUGCCUUGCCUACCUCAUUCAUGAUGUUUAAGCGUCACAUGUUAUUUACUGUAUUAUACUGUAAUAUACUUAUUUGUUAUAAAAUUAAAUGGAAAUAAUAAAUCUGAUAAAUUUUUAUUUUGUAUUGAUUUCUGCUUAAUAUCAAGUGUAAGAACAUUUUAAUUAAUUGUGUUCAACGUACUUCCCCUUCAAAUCUCAAUCCAGUGAAUUUGUAUACCACCAUCAACAUUUUCGUCUUUGUUCGUAAAUAAUUUCAUUGUACUAAAGGGUUAUAGUAGUAGAAAGUCAAAUAAGGAGAUCACCAUUUUUUUUUUCAAAUACCAUCUGUGUAAAUAAGCAUAGUGGACUCCGUGUCUGAUGUUCUUUUAUCGUUCCUCUUAGAUUGUUUACUAUAAUGUAAUAUAACAAAAACUUCAGCCACAGCAACGCGUGGCCGGGUCAGCUAGUUAGUAAUAUAAAAUAGUUUCAGACAUUCCACAUACUUCUUAACAAAAAAAUCGUAAUAUCGAUAACAAAAAUUUGAAAUAGGAAGUUUUUGAAAAAAUUGUUUAUUGUUAUCAUCUCUAUGUGAUAUAAAGAACUAUGAGCAGAAACUUCAGCCUCAGACUGAAAUUAGUUUAAUAACUAAUAAUGUUCUCGAGAAAAAAAUUCAAAAAUAAUUUUAAGGUAAUAUCCAGGCAAAAGAAAAAAAUAUUAUUCCCAAAGAUCAGGGCCGAGCCGUGCCGGGGGUGCAUGGCACCCGGACGGCACUGACACGGGGCGGCAAAAGGCAAAAUAUCUCUAAAAAAAUAACAGAGCCCUAUCAUGCAAUAUUUAGUCGCAAAGCGUAAAGUGUCUUUCUUUGAUAGUUUCUUAUUAUUACAACAAUACCAAAAUAGUGAGUUGAGCGUUCGGGCGAAUCGGGCGGCGUAAGAAAGAUAAUAAAUAGGUAAUAAUAAAGAAUAAGCCGCUUGCCGCACAAAUGACAGAAUAUAUUAAUAGAUUACUUGAAUAAAGGGAUCGCGGCUUUUCUUUUGGCUUUUGACUCUUAGACUCUUUGCCGACUUUGAGAAUGUGGGAUUUUUUUAUUUUUCUAAUGCCGUGUUUUCGUGUUUAUCCAAGUUUGCGUAGCAUUUUUUUAACUUUUUUUAAUUUAAGUUGAUUAGUUGAAAACUAAAGAGCAAAGAGUAAAGAUUGCGAUAUUACGAAUUAGGAAAAGAGAUCAUUGUCUAAUUUGAUUUAUUUUUAUUCAGUGAUUGUGAACGGACUGAACGGUAGGUUUUAAUUAUUUUAUAUUAGACAAUUUGCCAAAAUUUUUAAUCAUAGUUCAAUUAUUUAGAUGUCUGAUGGUCGAAAGAAUCUUUCUGGUUCACAAUACCGAAAAAGGAAGUUAGAAAAAGAGAAAGACAAAAAACGAUUAGCUGGAUCAUUAAAAAAGUUUUUUGUGUCCAGGAGCAAUAAAGAACCACAACCUCCUUGUAGCCAAGACCCACUCACAUGUUCAAUAUUUGAUUUUGAUAUUUAGUGAAGAUAUUCUUAAGGUAAAUAAGAAAUUAUUAAAUGAUCCAGCUUGUUGGCCGCGGGUAUUAGCAGGUAAUAUUAGAAUGUCAAUUUUAGAUUUAGAACCAGUACAACUAAAAAUUUUUGUAUAUCCAGUAAAUUAUUCAAAUAGAUCUUUUAGCGCCACCUAUUUCGAAAAAGAAAAAAAAUUAACUUAUAAUGAAAAAGUUUUUUGUUUUUGUUUUUGUUGAAAAUUAUUUGAAGUAUCUGUCAAUAGUUUUAACGAUGAUAAUGGCUACAAUGACUGGCAACAAUUGUCUCGGAAUUUAGAAAGGCAUGAAACAAGUAAAGGCAUUGUGAGAGUGUUAGAAAAUGGGUUGCUUUGAAGAAAUCAAUUGAGAAAAGUUUUACUGUCGACUCUUUUAAUCAAAAUUUAAUUCAAAUGGUAAAUAAAAGAUGGACACUCGAAUACUUUUCAAAAAAGGUAACGGCAAUUUUUUUAAACUUAUGGAGACAAUGGCAAAAUUUGAUAACGUAAUGACCGAACAUAUUGAUAAGGUUCAAAAAGAUAGCAAAA